AUGGAAACUGAUUCACUGAGUGUCGCAUCGACACAGUCAGAUGAGGAUGGUCAGGCAGCAGUUGUGGAAAACACGGAAUCGCUUUGCGUUACUGAGCGUACAUCCGAAGGACAGCAGGACGAUAACGGUUACAGUCAGCACUUCAAAAAGAACGCGACCAAUACAAGCAGUAGCGCCAGUCGAUCACCUGCACACGGUCGUAAUUUUGUGGGGCGUGGCGGUCGAACGAGACAGUUCCAAUCCCGUGGUGGUAUGUUCAGUCCGGGACGUUUCGCCCAGACUCCGCCCACUUACAUGGGUCGAAUGUAUGGCAUGGCUACUCCAAUGGGGGUUCAAAUGCCAGUUGUUCCACCAUUCCCCGGCGAGUAUUUCGAACCACAGGGCAGCUUAUUCUCUCCUCGAUUCCGAGUCCCAGCUGCUACGCCGCUGCGACACCUCAACAAUCGCGGCGGAGGCCCGGACAGUCCUGGUGGAGGUGGCGGGGUAAGACGCCGAGCCAAAAGCCCAACAUCAGUCCCUUCUAGCGCAGAUGCUACGAGUCCGCAACAGAAUCGCGAUGUUGGACGAGACCGAAGAGUAAGGGAAUGCAAGGAGAAUCGUGACGAGGGCACCACAGCACCUAAAGCAGCGGAGGAGACUUCACCAUUACCGGCCAAAAGCGAUUCAUCUCGUCGUGAUCACCAGAAAUUUGCUGCAGCUACGCCGACAAACGACCCUCGUUCGUCUGCUCCUUUACGCAGCCUACGCACAGAAUCUGGUCGCGUCACCUAUCCGCUGAUCUACGUAUCACCUGCGGGUUCGAUUUCUGUCAUUUUGUCGCAUGCAGUUAUUAUCGAAAUGUCGAUCGAUCGAUGCGUUCGUGUCGUAUGUCAUGACAAUUUCGCUGCGUUUAUCAAUGGACGAGGGACGGCAUCGUGUAUUUUACAUAAGAAGGCCAGGAUGCUGCACACUCGUGAUAUGGUCUACACAAAAUUCUCCUCCACCAAUGAUCGAUUGGCAGUAAUAGGCGACGAAGGAAUACUGUUCUCAAUGAGCCAUUUAAACGAAGCUUACCUUGUGUCCAGCCACAUCAAAGGACCUUCGGCUGUAUCGCUAGAGACGCUCGACUUCUCCUCGGGACACUUGGAGAACGACUUCUCUAUCAGACUGUUCUACCACGAAGCCCAGACUGGCACUCAGUUCACGGUGAUGUCAAAGGAGAUCGUUCAUGAAGCGUCGUACGAUCGUAAGGCAGAUGGAUCGCUUCUCAUGCAUAUCAAUGGGAUGUCGGUACGUCAGAGUCGUAACGGUGAUGUCACUGUAGAUGCUCGACCGCGAGUGAUUCAGUGUAGUCCAUCAACAGCCGCUGUAUUCGUGCGGAGUUCAUACAUCGACAUGGGAGUGCAGGAAAGCGAAAAAGCCUAUGUGAAACGAGGUCUGAAACGUGUCCACGUAUCCCGAUCAGGCAUGGUGGUCUCGGACGGCAACUGCAUCACUUCCAUGGAUCAUUUCGGACGAAUUGUCAGCAGUACCUGA